AUGCCAUAUCAACUCAUCGGGGAACUUGAAACUGAUGGGUGCAAGGAUGGCUAUGAAAAUGUGGCCUCUCGGUAUGAUACAGAUGAGGGGGGAUGGUGCUCACGUGAAUUCAACAGUGACUUGCAUGAUAGAUUCAAGCGAGGCUUAUGCUGUCCAAAGUCCAAGAAGUUCGACAACUGCAAUUGGACGACCGAGGAUGCCAUAAGCAAGUUGGAUGACGCUAACUGUCAGCCACGUCAAUGCAAGAAGACUCAGACUAGCAUCUCGGAGGCAUAUGAGCCUACGAUCAAUCCUUAUUCUGCGAAGUACUGCAUAGGCGACUGCACUGUUGGGGAUCAAUGCACUGCGAAUCCAAUUCUGCCCCAGUUUGAUCCUGCCUUCCAUCUCUGUUGUGACCCACCCUCCGAGUAUAAUGAGGAUUGGCCUGUCCCACCCUCAUUUCUUUGGGAAGAUGCCUAUGAGGAUGACGGUGACGAUGUUGCCUGGGCUUUUGCUGACAACCAGAGCAACAACGAUGAGGAAUCGAGUGAUGAUCCAAUUGAAGAGGAUCCUUCAGAUCAUGCGUAUGGCUUCCUAAUGUUGGAUGGCCCCUCGGAAUCCAUCGACAAUGCCUUUGGCGAUUCAUACACUGUUGCCCGUCGCAGCAGUAAACUACCCAAUCGAAGACGUUCGAUGAUCACUGCCAACACUACUGUCUUGGACUCAACUUUUGAUCACGCAGAAGAGACUAUAUUCGUGUACUGCAACCACCCCAAGGGAUCUCCUGAGUGUCAGAAGAUCUUCCGCAAAGGUGCUGAAGAUACGAUAAUCAAGCUGGCAGAUCAUAUCGGAGAAGGUCCAUUCGCCCGCGUUGUCUCCAUGACACAGGCCCCACAUACCUAUGAGCUUCCUCAUCACCAUGUCCGAGCUCGUUCUGUGGAAAGCAACGAGAACGAAGUAUACGAGCUCAAGAUAGACUACAACUUACAUCUCAUCAAGCGGGACGAUGGUCCGAUCAACAUGCGCAUUGAUUACACUAAUCUGCUUCCAUAUUGGGAUGAAGUAACGGACUCUAAGCCAUCAUCGAAGAAGAGAUCCGUCCACGAGAAACUUACCAAAGAUGAUUGGAAAUCCCUUAUCAAGGACAUGAAAAAGAGAACUACCUCGAAUAGUACCUCAGUCAAGCUUGGUUCCGGCAGCACUGACAUGAUGGAGACUUCGGAAACUGGGCUAGGCAAGCGUUGGUUUGGUACAUUCAUGGGCUGGCUGAAAAAGAUGAACACCGUCGAAGCUGGAAACGAUGGUGUCCUCAACAUGGCCUUCCAGAAGAGCUUUCUUCUGUACCGAGCUGUUAAGGGAUGUGCCCGUCGAGCCUUCUAUGCAGAGAUGAGAAUGUACCUCGAUGCUGAUGUUCAGAUGGACGCAACAUAUGCUUACUAUCUCUCUGGGACUAUCGUUCCAUUGAAGGUGGAUGAUACUUACGGCUAUUUGGGUAUUGAGCCAAGCGCAUAUCUUGGAUUGCGUCUUGAAGGAAACGCCAUAAUGACCUACACCUCAGAGUGGAGAAAGCUCAUUGACACACUUGCGUAUCCUGGCUUGAGUAUCAAGGGUAUAGCAACUGUUGGGCCGAGUUUGGAUAUAUAUGGCCGGAUUCGCGGUAGUGUGACUCUGAAUGGACAGGCCAAGGCUGGCGCUCGAGUGCACUUUGGCCGUGCAGAACUCUACUUCCCACAGGAUGAAGAGGGGACUAAAGGCGAUACGGACUACGACAAGAUCGAAGACAUCAAGUCUCAGCAAGAGCGACCGAAGACUGGUCUGGAGCCACAAUUCUACGCAUCCGCUCAAGCAUCCGCAAACCUUGCCAUUGAUGUCUCUCCCAAUGCCCGGAUUGGUAUAGAGGUAGGACCGGCCAUUUUGGGCAAGGGAAAUCUGGUAGACGCCCAGAUUAUAGCCUUUAUGAACAGCACCCUUGACUUCUCCGCUACUGUGACUGGAUCAGUUGGAACAGACAGCGAUCCUACCUACGCCUAUAAAUAUGGUGCCUAUCUCUACUACAAUCUAGGCUAUGGAGGAUUUGCCAACAUUCUCGGUGAUACGUGGAAUUGGCACUUCACGCCAGUCUACCUCUACAGUCUCCCAGGUAACAAAUACACGAUCUAUGAAAAUAGCAACGUCAAAGCAGACGCCACGCUCAACUCAAAGAGAAACGUCAAGAUCCUGCCUGAUUCUGAUGAAAAGGGACUGUUCCAUGAUGAUUAUGAUGAUGCAGUUUGGGAUGACAGUGGCCUUGAGCCAUAUGUUCCACCUGCUACCCAUGUUCACCACCGCAGAAACCAUAUGCACCUCCAUCACAAGGUACACAGCUCUCAUGAUGGGAAAUCAAAUGCUACAUCAUCCAGUCCCGAUGUGGGCUCUGUUAUCUUCAAAAGGGCAGACAGUGAUGAUGAGAAAGAGCCAGACACGGCGAGUAGCUCUUCGUUUACCGGCUCUCAGAAAUUCGAUUGUCCUGCGUCCGGGAACAAACAACCAACUCUUCCAGAAUUUCGCUAUAACUGCCAAGCAUUCUCUGCCAACCAGGUUGUUACCACAGACGGCUCGUCACAGACAAUUAGAGGUAUCUGCGACGGCAUCUUCGGAUGGUUUGGGUCAGAUGGCGCCAGCAGCGAUGGUGUCGAACUCAGUUGGGAUCCUAACCGGCGCGACAAGAGAGACGCGUACACAUGCAACAGUUAG